CAUUAACCCGGAUGUUGCCAAUUCCAACAUCCCUCGUCGUUUAUUUUCUUCACACAAACCAGGAAGAUGGCAAAAGAAUUGCAAAAAUCCAUUACACAUGUAGUCUAGAAACCAGCGCGACAGUGCCGUAAAGUGAGGCGUUUGUGACUACAAGUUGUUGAGCGGUGUCCGGAGCCACGGAUUGACGUAUAUUGUUUAGCUCCUCCAUUAGCGUCCCACCCUACUGUCGUUUUGUGUUCAUUUACGACUUUUCGCUGAUAAUUAUAUGAAUAUAUAGCAGUAGUCGUACACCCUUUCUUUGUAGGGUUGAUGUUGAGUCGUGAACCCCCAGCUUAUGUGUGGCUUUGAGGACUUUGGAAUCUCGGCUAGGCUAACCCUGCUAACGUCAGGGACCUAAACAAGUUAACACAACCUUUUCAAAGAUGGAUUUUACAUCGCACAAGUGGAUCAGUAAUUUGCUGUUUUGUUGGUUUUUCAUUGGUGUCAGCUGUAACUCAGUGGAAAAGAAGAUUUAUGUCAAGCUCAAUUACACCAUUCCAUGUGUGCGACUGCUUAAUGCAACACAUCAAAUAGGCUGCCAGUCCUCAAAUGCAGGUAACGUUGGUGUGCUCCAUGUACUACAGACAGAGGAAAACCUGGACUGGGUCUUGCGUUCUGGUCCCAAUCCGCCUUACAUGGUCAUCAUAGACACCCCGCUUUUUACCAGAUCCGUCAUGAUGCAGUUGAAGAAUGGCUCCAGCAGAGUGGCGGGCGUCGCUGUUGUGGCGCCAAACACAAACCCAGAAAAGAGCUUCUCUCCACACACCACCUGUCCCAACCAGAACACAGGUCUGUACACGGAGACGUACGACCCCAGCUUGGCCAACUGUAACACGACGGUGUGGAACCCUCUUGGAAACGGCCUCUCGUACGAAGAGUUUGGUUUUCCCAUAUUCUCUCUCAAAGACGACAACGACACCCGGGUCAUGAAGCAGUGUUACUUUGACCAUAACCAGGCUGUAAACGGCAGCACUCAGUACCCACUCUGUGCCAUGGAGCUCUUCUCCCACAUGUAUGCUGUCACGGACACGGCCACCUGCAUGAGAAGGAACGCCUUAAACUUCGAAGCAGAGCCAGAUAAGGUUUGUGACCCACUGGGCGACUUGAACAUUUGGAGCUCCACCAGGCCCAUCAACAACACAGAAAAGGGUCACAAGAAGUGGGAGAGUGUGGUCAUCGCUGCAGCCAGGUUGGACAGCCGGUCGUUUUUCUAUGACAUUGCUCCUGGAGGACAGAGUGCAGCUUCGGGGUUUGUCGCUCUGCUGGCGGCCGCUCACGCCCUGCGUAACAUCACCCAGGAGACUCCGCCCAACCGCACAAUCCUCUACACCUUUUUCCAGGGGGAAACCUUCGACUACAUCGGCAGUUCCAGGAUGGUGUAUGACAUGGAGCAAAACCAGUUCCCACUGGACCUGGACAAUGUCCACUCAGUGGUGGAGGUUGGACAGGUUGGACUUCGUGCUGAUUCCGACCUAUGGCUUCACACUGAUCCUGUGUCCAGGAAGAACGACAGCAUCAACACAGAGGUUCAGGCACUGAUUGAAAAGCUGCGAUUGGCUGCUACAAAUCUGAGCGUCACACCGGUGUCGCCGUCUUUUUCCCAGCCGCUGCCGCCAUCAUCCUUCCAGCGUUUCCUCCGAGCUCGGCCCUUUCCCGGGGUGGUCCUGGAGGACCAUCAGUCCCAGUUUAGCAACAGGUUCUAUCAGAGCAUGUAUGACAACAACGAAUACCUGAACGUGUCGUAUCCAACAGAUCUGACUCCAGAUCAGCAGCUGGAGUUUGUCACUGACACGGCAAAGGCUCUGACCGACGUGGCCACCUUGGUCGCUCGGGCUCUCUACAUGCAGGCAGGAGGAGCAGAAGAUCAGCUGGUCGACAUCAAAGCAGACCCCCAAAUAGUCACCCGGAUGCUUUACAGUUUCCUCGUUCGCUCAAAUAACUCCUGGUUCCAGCAGUUCGUCCCUGCAGAACACGCCAGUCAUCUCAAGGACAGACCUAUGAACAUGUACAUCGGUCCCAUCCAGCAGUUCAGUGAACCCACCCUCCCGGUCAAGUAUCUGCUGGCUUACCUGACCGGCAGCGUCGUCAACGUCACCCAGGAAAACUGCCAGAACCAGAGGCAGGAUGAGGACGACAAACGGAACAAACAUUUUUACAACUACUUCUGGGUUCAGGGCACAGCGCCCCCUAACAGCACAGAGAGGGUGGGAUUUUGUGUCCGCUCCACAGUUCGUCAUUCCAAAGCUGUGUCUCCGGCGUUUGAACUGGAGCAGUACACCACUGCGGACUACUCCACGUGGACAGAGUCCAGGUGGAAGCCCAUCACAGGACGCAUAUUCCUGGUGGCCAGUCACGAGCUGGAGAUGUUGACGCUGGCUGUUGGCAUCGGUGUGCUGCUAACGUCGCUCUUCCUCACGUAUGCCAUCAGCGCCAAGGCCGACAUACUCUUCAAUUCCGUAAGGGAACCCACCAACGCCACCUACUGAGCCACAAGGACACCACACAGACCAGGACCACUAAUUAUUACUCCUUGUUAAAGUACAACUACUACUACUUUUAAUCCCAGCCAGACAAUGAAAGGACUUUUUUUUUUAAACAACCUGAGCAGGUACACGGACAGCAAAUACGUGACAGCAGCAAAAGAAAGGGGGCGGGGCUUAUUAGACAACAGUUUUGUGUACUGUACAGAGACUGAAUCAGAGCGAUGAUGACAGGACUGGCCCGGAUGGCUCAGGAAUCAUCAGAAUUAAAUACUGGUCCGGCACCAGGUGGACCUACCAGUGGAAAAGAUGUUCAUAUUCCUGACUGUAGUUUCUUCUUUUUUUGUCAAUGAAUGUUUUGUUCACUGUGUAUGGUUUAAUUAUGGAACUUUAAAUGGGAGUGUGUAACUGAGAGACUGCAGGGUUGCACGUGUGUGUGAGCGAGCGAGUGUGUGUGUGUUGUAUGAGAAUUGCUUUUGUGCAAUACUUUAGCCUUAGUCUUCUGUCAUGUAAUUAAAUUAUCACUUUCUUCUAAUUAUAAAAAAUACCACUUAAUGAUUCAGUGAACAAGAAAUCACAUUCAAAUUACACAACUCUGAUUUUGUAGUUUCUGGGACAUAGUGGAGAAAAAAAAAUGAUAGUUUAUAAAUUUAAAAAAAUCCAUUCCUAACACGCACAGUCAAACUGCAUUUGUAUGUAGUUGUCAUUUUUAUUUUAUUGUGAUGUUUAUGUUAAUAAAACAAGUUUCAGUCGGAUUCUUCACUUGUCACAAAUCAGCUGCUAAAUUCUUCUUUGGUCAGAAAAAAUAUUCUGAUAUUUAAUAUGUGUUGGUACUAUGGCUGUGUACUCUGUAUUGAUUCAGAUCUUCAAACUUUGACACCACACAUGCAAAUGUUUUUAUUUGGUUGACAGUUGACAUUUAAUGGCUUGAUUCAAUUGUGAUGCCUUGGUGAAGAAAUAAACAUUGCUUCUUUUUCAGUUA